GUCAUUUUUUAUUUUUUUGUCAUCAAACUUUUGGAAAAUAAACAUACUUAUAAUAUCUGGGGAACCGUGUCUCAAAUUUUUUCUAUCUUUUCUCAAAAAGAUAUUACGUAACGUCAAACAUUUUAUGCGACUUUUUCACCAUACAUAUUACGUAAUUAAAGAUAAUUAAGCCGCUGAUUGAGCAAACAAAAAUCCCUGACACGGUUCCCGCCGUAAAUGAAUUUUCUUUCAUGUGCUUUAAACCGCAUGUUAAUUGCUUGAUUAUUAAAAAAGUUAUGCCGAUUCAAAGUUAGUCCGACCCGCAUCAAACGAAGUGUCAUAAAUCGGCUGUUCUCUCUCGGACCCCUACGUUUCACGCUAAAUAAUUGCAUAAUACACAAAUAUCGCACCAGAGAGGGUCACAAAUUGCGGUAACAUACUCUAACAACAUUUUAUGACCCAGUGACAUCUGACCAAUUAAAAAGUUGCUGAUUAAUAUCAGUUUAUAACAGAAAUUUCUUCAAAUCUUAACGUGAUUUACCGUCCGUCUGGUAUCGGUCGCACAUGUCACGUGACUUUCGGUAAAAUUUGAGGCACUCGGUGGGGGGAAAUGGAUCGUAUUUGCGCACCGCUAGCGGGGUAUUUAAUUGUUUCACUUUUGAAUAUCAUCAGCAUUAUUAUUAUAUUAUACCAGUGUCACUCUGUGUAUUCGUUUAUGAAAUUCCGUUAAAAUAUAAAUUAAAAUAACAAAAAACUGAGCUUCUGACGGUCUUUUAAAGUCCAUGGUAGAUGUACAAAUAAGAACGGGAUAUUAUAUAUUUUUUCCUCCAAAUUGAUAUAAAUGCUUAACAUAUUUUUAUAGAAAUAAAAGGUAUCACUCGAUCAUUAUGAUCUGACCUUCUUUUUACUUCUAUUAUCAUGAAUAUCAUCUAUGCAUCUAAGCACGGCAUAGAGAUCCAGUUUCUACUGGGAUAUACAAUAAAUUCUUUACUUUGUCCCAGGUUUAUUAGUACUGUGUUCGAUUUACUGGCGAACAAUUUAUUCAAACCAUUUACUGAUAAUAUAUUUUAUUAUCUUUUUUUAUUGAUUCAUAGAGAAAUAAUCAUCCUUAGACAACCUAAAAUGGUUUAGAAAUUUGUCAGGGACACCUUACCACAAGUACCACAAGUCAUAUAGGCGUUCACAUAAAAAAUGUUGUCUGUUUUUGUUGUUGUUUUGUUAGAAAACGAGGUUGAAUGUAAAGCAAGCCCUUGAAUCCGUACAAAGUCCAUAAACUCAAUGUAAUAUCUAUCAGAUUAACGGGACAGACAAAUUAUUUUCACACAUUAUGGAUAUUUUAGCAACUAUAUUUUUAAUCAACCCCGUGGUCGUGCGAUUUACCGCUAUGCUUAAUUAUUUAUGUUUCAUACAUUAUGUUACGUACAUUGGCCGUCAAUUUCUUAUUUUAUAAAAAAGGCUUAAUAAAAGGUAGACGAUAUUCGGUAUUUGUACGGUACAUGAAUUACGAGUAGUAUGGACCAGUAUGGACCGGUAAUUCACGUAUAUAUGGAACUACCGAUUUCCCUUAUUGAUGCCUCAACAGGGGGCGGAGCGUUAUUGAUAAUUGACAGGUUACGCGAAUAGCAGAUAAAAAAGGUACAGGUACCGUUUUAAAACGUUUAAAAACACAUUUUUUGGACUAACUGCUUCCAAAAUUAAAUCACGAAUGUGUUCAGAAAAGAUGGAUAAAUAUACUAAGCAAAAAAUCUCAUCUCAUUUUAGGUAUUUUCAGUGAUAAUUGACUCCGUUGUCACCUUAAGGCAUGAGCUUUUGUCACUGUACAUCAACGUUUACAGUAUCCCAUGAAUGGAAUUACCUCAGAGUAAAUAACACUAGAUGGACGUUAUCGUUAGUUUAUGUAUACGAUAAUUUACCAUUUGUAUGUAAGAUUUAUACUGGAUUGUGCUGAAAUUACCAUUAAAUGAAUGAAUGAUUUUUCAAUAUACGAAACGCUAUUACGUCUAGUUUUGUAAAUGUGUCUUUUUUAUAAUGUAUGUUUCAUAAAAACGAUGACACUUGUUUACUUAAGGAAAGGCACAACUAGUAUAUAUUUCAAACAAGUUAGGAUAACCACUUGAACGACGUAUUUCAUUUUUUACAAAUAUUACUUCUUGCAGGACAGUGUCAAUAAAAGAUUUAGAAGAGUUACUGAAUAUGCAUUUUAAAACUCAAAAGAAAGAGAUCGGUUACUUUACCGAUGAAACAUUAAAUUGUUUGGAAGAUCAAACUAUUGAAUUAGAGAAAAAUGAUACUUUGGCAGAUGCUUAUUCAAAACAGAUGUUAAAGUCAACAUUUUUAAAUUGUCCAAACAUAGUUGAUUAUAUUAGAAGACAGGGGAUAUUAAAACCAAAAUACAAAUAUACGUUAGAUACAGAUAAUAAUUACUACUUUGUCAUGAUCCGCAAUAUACUUACAAAAGCAAGAUGGGAUUUAAACAAAAUCACGGACAACCCAAGGAAAUUUAUUGCUAUCAAUGAUAACAUGGAUCACAGCAAAAUGAUAGCGACGGCGGUUGAACUUGAAUUAAACAACUUUUAUGAAAGAUUAUUUCCUACCCCAUCACAAUAUGAACUUCAAGUGACUUGAUGUCGGCUUAACUGGCAGUUAACAAAUAGAUAAUUUAUGAAAUUCUAUG